CACUGGGUGAGCGAUUCUCAAACUGAAAUCACUCGAUCGAACAAGGGAUUAUUCAAAACGAGAAAAUGCCGAGAAGACAAGCAGCACAGUCUGCUGCAUCAAAAAUUUCGAACCAAGAAAAUGAAGAGGAACCUGUGUCCACUAAGAAAUCAACCAGGGGGAGGCCCGGUAAACCGACAGGCAAACCAAGCCGACAACAGAAACCUGAUACAGGAAACACACUAAAGGGAAAAGAAAAUUUAAAUGAGAACUGCAUAUAUCUCGAGAAGUCAGAUGAACUGACCAAUCCAGAAGAAAAGAAAGUGGCACGAAAACAAAAGCCAGUAGAGAGAAGGAAGAUCUCACAGAAAAAAGGCAAAGAUUGCAGUGACGGUGAACAGCAAGCAAAUGACCAAGACAGUGUUGUUCACGUGGAAGACAUAGGCCUUGUGUUGAAAAACGAGAACAUUGAUGAAGAAGAACAACAGAAGGAAGAAACAUUGGAAAAAAGAGCGGGAACACGUGGGAGAAAGAAAAAAGUAGAUGAUAAGAGCAAGAUUCAGCAAGAUGAAACCCCUGAUACUGAACAAUCAGAAUCGGGACAAAAGAUGGAAUUAAAUAAGACGGCAAAUGAGCAAGUGAAAACAACGACAGAUAUAGAUGUUCCACAGAAAAGGAGAGGACGGAAAAAGGAAAACAAUAAGGAAACCAAAAGCGAACAAAAAGAUGCAACUUUUACUGUAGAUGAUAAGGCUGAAUUACAGCAAGAGGUAGAACAUAACGAUAACGAUACCAUGGUUACCAAAGCAACAAAAAGGAAAGCUAAGGGUCAAACAAGAGCAAUAGAACCAAAUAAGGGAAGCAGUAAAACCAAAAAGCUAGAAGAAGAACUGCUAACGGUUAGAUCACAGAUCUCCCAGUGGUGGGAGAAAUGUUACUUUGGUGCAAAACAAAGAAAAUUGUUCCUUCCUUACUUUGACGACACGUUAACAGCGUCGAACCUAACAGCCCACAAGAAGGAGGAGACAAGACUUAGAAAAUACUACGAGAAGAAUCGUGCUGUAUUUGAAAAUAUUUCAAUGCAUUAUUCUGAUGAUGAUUUAAAGCAAAGGCUACAGGGCAUUGAAAAAGAUUACCAGAUGAAGCUUUUUGAAAAAGAUAAAGAGUUUCUUGAUUACCAAGCAUUACAGAGAGAACUCAUGAAAGACCUUGAGACCCAGGUUCAAGCAAAGGAACAGAAAAUUAAACAAGUGGAAGAAAACAUACAAGAGAUGAAAGAUCAACAGAGUAAAUUACAGACUCAAGCUGAACAAAAUAUGGAACAGAUGAAAAAUGAAGUAAAACAAACGAAGGAACUGUUACUGGAAAAAGAUGAACUUAUAACGGCUUUAGGAAAAUUAUUGGAUAAAUUAAAAACUAAUCAAGUUGACCAGAAAUCUGAACAGAGGGAAAAUGAAUUUCAGGAAAUGAAGGAACUGUUAUUCAAAAAAGAUGAAAUAAUAAAAGGACUCCGAAAAUCACUAGAGGAAAAAACUGAAAAGACAUGCCCCAGAGAAGACAAUUUUAUCAAAACAUCGGAACGUCAUUGUCUACAGGAGAACGUGCAUGAAAUAAAUGUUCUCCACGAGUUUUGUCAAAAGCAGAAGACAACAAUACGCACCCUUCAGCGAGAAAUUGAACAUCUAAGAAAGGUAAAAAUGAAUCGAGCAAAUGAAGAUGCCAUUGAAGGAGGAAGGUCAAUGUGGAAGUGUUAAUAAAGAUUGUUUGUGACGACUUUUUAAGGAUAAACACAUCUUUUAAAAAUUUAUGUAAAAAUUAUUUUAAA